CCUAACGCUACACCCCCUUCGGUUUUAAAGAGAAACGCUCCGUCGCGUCCACGCUAAUUAGUUAUCAUAUCAACUAUAGUCGAGCCUUUAGAGGUCGCUGAAACUUGAAUAACAACGGACAUUGCGAAGGUCCCAGCUGUGGUUCUCUGAUGACCACAUCUGCCGCGAUCGGUACAGACCUCUAGCACCCAGGCCAAUGUAAAGCACCACGGAUGAGAAUGUCCAAGCGUUCUCUCGGCAGAAAGGCUAACUGUUGGGUGGAACCUUCAUUUAGUAACCUUUUAGCGGGCAAGUCUCCUGAAAGCAAGGGGAAAGUCGGCAAGGGUCCUAGGAAGAAAAAGGGUGAGACCAACAGCUCAGCACCUCGAUCUUCAUCCCUGUCCGUUGUCCAAGAGCCACAUCAGAGCGACCACAAUGUGCCCUGGGUGGACGCACAUGCUCCACACUCACAGGCUGAGCUCGCUGUGCAUAAGAAGAAGAUCGAGGAGGUGGAGAACUGGAUCAGGACUCACACGGACCCCACAACAUCCAAGGGGGGUAUUAUUGCUCUGCUUACCGGUCCUUCAGGUUGUGGGAAGAGUGCUACAGUCCAAGUUCUGGCAGAAGAGCUAGGCUUCAGACUCCAGGAAUGGACCAACCCUUCCAACGUCUCAGAAUACAGAGCGGACCCUGAAGCGUAUCGACAAACAUUUGAGCCCGCAUCAAGGUUCAAUGGCUUCUUGAGCACCUCACAGACGGGCCUGUUCCAGGAGUUCCUCCUCCGAGCCAACAAGUACAACUGCCUGCAGAUGGUGGGAGAACAGGGGCCCAAGGACAGGAAGCUCAUCCUUGUGGAGGAUUUCCCAAAUAAUUUCUUCAGGCAGCCAGGGAGCCUGCACGAUAUCUUGAGGAGAUUUGUGAAGACAAGAAGGUGUCCGUUGGUAUUUAUCGUGUCAGAGAACCUGAGUGGGGACAGCCACUCUCGACUUCUGUUUCCUAAGGAAAUCCAGGAAGAGCUGUCCAUAUGCAACAUUAGCUUUAACCCUGUGGCGCCGACUACUAUGAGCAAGAUUCUACUGCGCAUCGCAACUUUGGAGGCAGCCAAGACUGGAGGGAGGCUCUGUGUACCCGACAAGGACACGCUGGACAUUCUGUGCUCAGGAAGCUCCGGAGACGUACGCAGUGCCAUCAACAGCCUGCAGUUCUCCUCCCUUGCAGAAAGGGGACUGUCGCUCCCGAAAAAGGAAAAAUGUCUUGCUGUGUUGCCGGGCAAAGCUGCGUGCAAAAGGACACAAGGGAAGAAGCGGUCUAAGGAGAAGGGUCCGGGCGAGGCCGAGCAAUGUAUCGGAGGGAAAGACGUCUCGCUCUUUCUGUUCCGAGCCCUUGGAAAGAUUCUCCACUUCAAGAGAGAGACCGUCGAAGGCCCCGAAGAAGCAGAGCAACACAAACUGCCCCCUCAUCUCUCUGAGCACCAAAGGCACUCACUGUUAAUCCACCCUGAGCUGGUGGUGGAGCGCUCGCACAUGUCUGCAGAGUUCUUCAACCUGUACCUGCACCAGAACUACCUGGACUUCUUCUCCACGGUGGAGGACGUGGCGAGGGCCAGCGAGUAUCUGUCAGACGCAGAUUUCUUCACCGGUGAAUGGGCCUCGCGCGCCGUCAUGGCGGAGUACGGCUCCUCAGUUGCCACUAGGGGGCUCCUUCACUGCAACUCUGCCCAGGCUCCGGUCGGCUUCAGACCGCUGCACAAACCCAACUGGCUAAUCAUCAACAAAAAGCACAGGGAAAACUGCCAGGCCGCCCAAUCUCUCUUCAUCAACUUCUGCCUGACGCCCACCAUCCUCCAAGUGGAGCUUCUGCCCUACCUCGCCAAGCUCAGCAACCCCAUGAGAAACCCAGCACAGAUAGCCUUCAUACAGGAUGUGGGUCAGCUUGCAAAUAGGAGGUUUCCUGGCAGGCUAAACCUUGAAGCCCUGACAGACAAGGACCCCGGGACACUGGAUCUAGAUGACGAGGUGGAAGGAGACCAGGCUGGAGCCCUGUCACCUCCGCGGGAGGCCGGGGCAGAGCUUCCUGCCAGCCAGCCACAGCCCACAACGUUUGAGGCCCUCAUGAAGGAGGAGGACUUGCUCAUUGAGGAAUAUGACAGUGAAUGACCCUGGGAACCUGAAAUUGACUUAUUGGUUCAAACCGUUGCUUCUCAUCUUGUUGUCUGAUGUAGUCUAUUGUUUGUAAUAUCAGCACACCAACUCGGCACCCCAUUGUCAUUCUCUUAUAAGUGCAUCAUUGCUUAACAUAAUUAUUAUUGUAUUUAUGUGUGUUGUAUUUGCAAUUGUUUUGCUGCCUAUAUCUGUUGAAUUAUAGGCCUGGCAUAGACCCGACUGUGACUCCUUGGAUCAACUUGAUCAUGAAACAUUAGGAAUAAGUUAAACCUUCACAUGCUUUUCUUUUUCACUUGUUCACGUUUCAUAGUAGUUCAAUCGCAUUUUUUACGCCUAUUCCUUUGUUUUCCAAGUUGCAGGCGAUAACAAUAAAACUUUGUUACAGAA